AGAGUAAAUAGUAAUAUCGGUUAAUGUAUUUGUGUGAAUUCAAUGAUUGCAUUGGGGCCAAUAAAUAUAAUUGUCUAUCCAUUAUAUUAUUGGAAUUAUGUCUGCGAUUUUUAUAGGUAUAAGAAAAUUUCACUAUAAGUUGCAAAGACCGACAAGUUCAACACAGAUAAACUACUUUUAAAUAACUAAAAUGGGUGUACCAGCCGGAGAUGUAGAAAAAGGCAAAAAAAUCUUCAAGCAAAGGUGCGAACAAUGCCAUACUGUAGAAGCAGGCGGUAAACACAAAGUAGGCCCCAAUUUACAUGGAUUGAUUGGAAGGAAGACAGGACAAGCACCCGGAUUUGCCUACACAGAUGCUAACAAAGCCAAAGGUAUUACAUGGAAUGAAGACACCUUAUUUGAAUACCUUGAAAACCCCAAGAAAUACAUCCCUGGCACAAAAAUGGUGUUUGCUGGUUUGAAGAAACCAAAUGAACGAGGGGAUCUUAUUGCCUACCUUAAAUCGGCAACUAAGUAAAUUAUUCUGGAGUACCAUCAUAACUUUGUUUUUGGAUGAAUUAGAAGAUGUUCCUUGAUCCUUCCUAUGGCAUUUUAUGUUUAAAGACAUGUCGUUUUACAAUAUACACUAUUUGAACAUUAGAAGUGGUAUAGGAAAGAUAACUUCUUACUGCCAGAUAGUUUUCAGUUACUUCUGGAAUAAUAUCUUUGGCAGUUUUUAUCUGCCAACUUUAAUUAUAUACAAGAUAUUAAAGACAGUUACAUAGAAAAUUGUAAAAAUCUCUUAUUUGUUAUUGUUAGAUAUUGUCUUUUCUAUCUACCAUUGUGAUUCAUACAAAAACAAUUAACUCGUGUGUAUUAGUAGUAUUUUCAUCUAGUACAUAUGUUAUUGUAUCAUGACAGAUGAAGUACUGUGUACAAAAUAGGCAAUUUUUAAAUUAUUUUAAAUUAUUUCAUACCAUUGUAUUAAGUAUACCAAAAACUGUACAGUACGACUGAAACAUUCAGUAUAUUGUUAUUUUUGUGUCCUUGUUCAUUAAACUAUUUAUGAAUC